AUGGAGCUGUCCGACAUGGACGACGCCAUGCUGAGGGCGGCUAUCGAAGCAUCAUUGCGUGAUGCGCAAACCAGCGACGAGCAAGCCCACGGCACCCAGAGUGCAACUGCAGAGGCUUCAUCUUACACCGCCCAGAACCAGGUAGUUGACCUGACCCAUGAUUCCGACAAUAAUUCCGACAUUCAGGAGGUAUUCCCCAAGUCGAAGUCAUUUGUUGGUUCUGAUACCGACGAGUCGGAUGCGCCCACCAAUGAAGCUGUCGAGAGACGCGUCCACGAGGCCGACACCAUCAAGAAUGCCGGAGAGGGAUCCAUGGAGCGCGCCCGCCAGGAUGAUGAGGCGGCGGAGGAGGACGAAGAACUCCGUCUUGCAAUCGCCAUGUCCAUGGAGGGACUCAACCAUCAUGGCGACCCUGAAUCUCCAACUCUUGCGGAAAAUGCGACUCAGAAAUCCACUGAGAAGCCCACUGAGAAGCCCACUGGAAAUCCCCAGCAGCCUCAGGGCGUCUUGGGAAUGGAUCGGAAGCACAUGGAACAGGAGCGUCUCGCCCGCCAGGCUAAGCGCAAGGCUGGCGACUCUUUUUCUAAGAACAUUGGUUUGGAAAAGGACCAAGCUAAUGAAUCCGCAUCUUUGAUCCAUCAGCCUCCGCCCAAGUUACGCAAGACUAAUCCAAUUCGCUCAUCUGAGAGUGGGGACCCCUCGCCCUUCUCGCGGUCCUCCUCGCGGGCUGUACCUGGCCCGGAUAUCUGCGAUCGACCGGAUACCAAUCACCCUGGCUGCAAAGCCAAGCCAGUCGCACGACCAGUGCCGCAAUUUCCUCUCGGGGCCGUCAAGAAGACAUCCAUCAGCAACGCCCCCCGUUCCAAUGACGAUAUCACCAUCGAGGAGGUGCUUCAGCGAGGCGACCUGGAGCUAGCAGUGCUCAGCUCAUUCCUGUGGGAUAUGGAGUGGCUUUUCACUAAGAUGGACACUGUCAGCACGCGCUUCAUCUUGAUGAUGCAUGCCAAAGAGAAACGCAUGGUAAGCGAGGACCCUGUCCCUCUGCACAACAUGUUGUGGCCCAGGGAUUCUGACAUUCCGCCGCACUUCAAGCAAAUUCAGUAUCAGGAAGAGACUGCGUCGAUGACGAACCUGCGCUUGUGCUUCCCACCCAUGGACGGAAAUAUCAACUGCAUGCACUCGAAGCUUAUGCUGCUGUUCCACCCUGGUUAUUUGCGCAUCGCUAUCCCGACUGCCAAUCUCACUGCGACUGAUUGGGGUGAGAACAAUCUGAUGGAGAAUACGGUAUUCCUGAUCGAUCUGCCGAAGAAGGGUACUCAGCCGGGCUUCUGUGAAGACUCGAAGACCCCGUUCUACGAAGAGCUGGUCUAUUUUCUAAAGGCGACCACACUGAAUGAGAAAAUCAUACAAAAAAUGGAUAAUUUCGAUUUCAGCAAGACUGCUCGUUACGCGUUCGUCCACACCAUCGGCGGACCUCACAACGACGAGUCGGCAUGGCGACGCACUGGCUACCCUGGUCUCGGUCGUGCUGUGACCAACCUCGGUCUCCGGACGACUGCGCCUGUCAACCUUGAAUAUGUGACAUCUUCCAUCGGUUCGCUGAACGAUAACUUUGUGCGUGCCAUCCACUACGCCUGCAAGGGUGACGACGGUCUCACCGAAUACAUCCUCCGCAAUGACAAGAACCCCUUCAUGGCACAAACCGAUGACCCCAACCGGAGCCUCAUGCUCAAGGCUCCCGCCGAAUGGAAGAAGCGUCUUCGCGUGUAUUUUCCGUCCGAUUUGACGGUGCGGGCUGCUCAUUCGCACCCCGAGGAGACCGCAGGAACAAUCUGCUUCCAGAAGAAAUGGUACAACGACAAUCACUUCCCCAGAGACAUCCUCCGGGACUGCGAAAGCGAGAGAGGAGUAUUGAUGCACAACAAGCUCAUGUUCAUUUGGCCCCAACAGGCCGUCAUCCUCCGUGACAGCACCAAGUGCACCGCCUGGGUGUACGUCGGCAGUGCCAAUUUUUCCGAGAGCGCCUGGGGCCGUCUCGUAAAAGACCGCGCAACCAAAGAACCUCGCUUGAACUGUCGCAACUGGGAAUGCGGCGUCAUCGUCCCCAUCACCAGCCCCUACAACCCCGCCGACGACACUCCCCAUGUCGACACAACUGGAAUGGAGGGCCGUGAACAACUCACCGUCAUCCGCGAGCGCGAGAAGAGCGCACAGGAGAAAGAAAAGUUCCCAGUUGCCGAUAUCAACUCCUUCGUCCCGGUUCCGAUGAAGAUGCCCGCUAAGACCUACGAUGAGAAGCCUGGUGUUUCUCAAUCUGGUCUCCCUCUCCGUCCUGAUGGUUCCCCUCAUACUGAGUACAUUAGUCAACGACGGGAGAAGCGGGAGCCAUGGUUCUUCAUGGGUUAG